AUGAGAACGAUAUUUGUGCUGUUGCUGUUUGUUGGCACAGCUUUCACGGCAACUCAUGUAAACAUCUCGAUUGCUCAACACCCGGCCACAAAUCCGGCUGAUGUCACCUAUUUAGCGGGUACUGCACCAGACGAAUUGAAAGCGGGUCCAGCUAAGAAGCCAAGUGGAGAGGAACGUUUCGCAAAGUUGCGCGCAGCAGAUGAGAAUGAUAAAGCAGGCAAAGUUCAAGUGAAUAGUGAACAAAAGCAAGAGGAGGGUUCGAGUUUCGUUAGUAAUUCAAAACCCGCCCAGCAAGUUCAACAGAAUUCGGAACAAUCGAACGUGUUUAGACCACAGCAGCAACGGUUCUAUGGUCGUAUACGCCAGCAGAAUCGGCAGAGUCAAUUCCGUCAAGCCAAUGCGCAGGAUAAGCAGAAUCAGGAGUUCGAGCGUUAUAUACAAAACUAUCACAGUGGACCGACAGUAGAAACGGUAUUUGAAACAGCCGAUCAUUCGCCGUCUGGACGUUAUGAGUACUCAUCGUCGUCCUCGUCUUCGGCUGGUCCUGCGCGACUUGUUGCUAUCGAUACGCAACCUUCACAGCAACACACCUUUGAAAGGCAAGUUGCCCUUCCCGCUGCUAUAGCCGCAUCAGCUUCAGCCGCAGCACCCGUGGAUGAUCAAUCGAAAUCAGCGCCCGACGCGAAGAUCCAAAUUUCUCCUGCAUCCGUACCUGCACAACCAGCUGUUGCUGCCCCUGUAGCUGUACAUGCACCAGCACCAGCUGCGACUGUUGCAGCUGUUGUGCCAACUGGGCCUACAAAUACACUUACCACUAGUGACGGUGGCAAAGUAAGUUUUGGAGGUGCAUUUGGUAGUAGUUUUGGCGGUGCUAGCAGUGGUUCCCAUGGUGUGACAUUUAGGGUUGCUGGUGGUGGUGGAUACAGUCCACCAAAUUACGACCAAGUUCCCAGUUAUGCUAAGCCUGAUUAUGGGCAACCCAGCUUUAGUUAUGAUCAUGGAGAUGCCGGUGGUUUUCUAAACGAGUAUCCACCAUCUGUAGAUGAGCCAGCAGGUGGUUAUGAUGGCUUUUAUGGCAACCAAGAAGAUAACUACCAUUCGAAUGGGGCUUACUUGCCUGUAAACCCAAACGUGUAUCAACGGCCAGUUGUCACCAAAACUAUACAAAUUGCCCAGCCAGCGCUGAAAGCAAAGAAAUUUGAAGUACGACAUCCAGCUAUUCAAAAGGAAUUUUACGACAUUGAAGAACGAGUUGUGAUUAAACCAGCUGGCACAAUAGUUGUUGAGCUGGAGCAUCCUGUUGCGAAAAUUCCAAAAGGUGAAACGGUGCUACCCCUCGGUCAUCCUCAUCCAGCCAUUGCUGCUCAAUAUAAUAUUAAUAGUGAUACAGAUAUUGAGACUGAGUCAUCGAGCGCGGGUUCCUAUAACAACGGCGUACGCUCGAACUCGAAUCAAGUUUAUGCAAAUUCUGCGAGAAAAAAUCCGGCACCUGUGAUUAGUGGUACAAAUAUUGGAUCAACAGUGACCGCUACACCAACGAAUAACCAAAAUGCCAAACGCGAUUUUGUGGAAGCCAAUCUACGAAAACAAUAUGGUGAGGAGGCACAACUUGUAGCUCCUACUGACACUACGCUCGGAGAGCAAAACCCACGGGGUAAAACCUUUUACAUACCUGCUGACAGUCAUGAUAGUCAGCGUCAAUUAUCUAACAGGAACUUCUCGCCUAACACAUUUAGACGUGAAGAGAGCAACUACCAACGUCCAGCACGUGUUGAUGCCCAGCAAAACGAGCAAGUAUACAGACCAAGGUUUUCUAAGAACGAAGAACAAUCAUUGCAAAAUAAAUCGCCGGAGGUGCCAAAUGACUUUAACAACGAUAAUAAUGAAUAUAAGGGUGAGUACAUCACAGGUAAUUUCUAUAGUGCUGCUAACAAAGACCCUAAACCUGCGCGUCUACAAGUGGAACCGGCGAAGAGUGAACGUAUUACAUCCGAGCCUCAGACACGUAUCAUAAAGCAUGAGCACACAAUUAAAUUACCACCCUCGCAGCAUAAUAUUUAUUUAGCGCCUAGUCGGUAUGAAGAUCGUCCAGUACUUGUACAGGCACAACGUAAGCAGGCACCAUCAGCUAAACAACAGCCUGCACAUUUAGAAGAAGAACCCGCUCGCGUGAGUGAGGUUAAAUCGUUCUUGGAUCGCCAGCGUGACGGUGUUGUUGUAUAUGCCAUUCCUGCGCGUCGUCCAGUGGCCGCACAACAGCGAUAUACACAAAAUGAACGUCGGCAACCGCAAUACGUUGCACCUCAACGCAGUUACGAACAAUUACGUUACGAUCCCGACGCCGAUGUCGAUUCAACAGCAGUAGAAUAUAGUGCUCCUUACUCACAUAUGCGAUACGAUCCAAAUGAAUCAGCACGUCUUACUGCUGAUGAGGAAUAUCAGCGUAGUUCAAACGAGAAUGUGCCGCAAAGAACCGUAACAGUAUACUACAAUCGUGGUCCCGAGUCUAAUGCACGCCUAAUUGUGCAAAAUAAAUCAGAGUCUGAGACAAAGCAGCCCACAAAAAUAGCGGAAAGCAAUGAAGAUGUGAAACCAAAAGCUGAGGAAAUUCGCCCACUUGCACAUAUUCAAUUACAAGUGCCAUAUGGUCCACAAGAAGCCGAUGAACCCAUUAGAGUUAUGUCUUCAAUUAACCCCCCUAAGGAACGUAGUCGCACUGCGAAAAUUAAUCAGCCUGAUGCUAAAAAAACCGCCGAUGAAGAAGUGGAAAAUAUAAAUACUGAAUCAGCUCCUAAUAAAAGUGAUAAACAACAAGAAAAUGCUUUACGUUCGGAAAAUAUCGAAUCACAACCCGACUGUGUUCAGAACGCAGAGAAAGUAAGUGCACGUUAUGAAAACCCACAACCAAGUGACAACGAAAACGUGCAAUAUGUUGCAGAACCUCAAAACAGGGCACAAAUUAAGUCCCAACGAUUAAUAGACACUAGUAACUCAAAUGCUAACAAUAAAGAAAAUGUUAAAACGGCAUCCUCCGAUGCGGAAAGUAUUGACACAAAUGGAAAAGAUGCAAGUGCUCAAGCCACACCACCGGGGUCACGUGUAAUUGCCGCUAAUCCAGCGCCUAACGAUGCCUCCGCAACUAGUGAAAGCUUCCAUAAACGUCGCAUUGUGGUAAACCAUCCUUUCCAAACUGUGCGUGAAGUCGUCGAACAUGAACCCAUCACAAACUAUCAUCAAAUACAAGUACAUGAACGCGCCUCACCAGCCUCCGCUUACAAUAAGGCGCCCUACUUUGCACCCAAUGGCCAACUGCGUCAAUUCGAAAUGGUGCGUGUUCCAGUUAUGUACCAUCAUCCAAGCAGCGCAACGCACGGCAAUUUAGUUUACGCCUUGCCUGAUUCUAUUCCCGUGCACGAAGACAACGCCGAAGUAGAGCCGAGCUAUCAGCAAAAACGACAGCGUGUGCGCGCUUAAGUCUGUUGGUUAUUUAUCAGUAAAUAUGAUGCGGCUAAUUUUUGCUGUUAUUGCAGUGCUUGUUGUUGCCAUUAAUUAAGGACACUAUGCUUACAAACAUAUAAUUAAUCAAAUUUGAAUACUCGUAUUUUAACUCUUUAUUGUUUUUAAGAAAUAUUAUAUAGUUUUAACCGAUUCCACUAAGGUUGAAGGGUUAACUUAAAACUUACACUAAUAAUUGCCGGACAGCGUAUUUACGCUAUUCUUAAUUAAGCCUCUAAACUCCAUGUAUAAGUUGUCGAAUAAAAAUGCAAAU